AAAACCUUGGAGAUUUUGGUUCAGCUUCAGCAGCUUUCUCGUCCCAUGAUCGCUAUAGAAUUCCUCAUGUCAAAGAUUGCCAAACCGCUUAAAAGUCCGCGAAACCCGAAGUGUGCCAGGUGCCGAAAUCAUGGAUUCAUCGUUCAGUUGAAAGGACAUUCUGGCCAUUGUCAAUUUAUUCGAUGCAGCUGCUGGAAAUGUUCUUUGAUUGCAGAGAGAACAAAAAUAAUGGCAAUUCAUAGGAAGAUUAAAAAAACGAGUAAAGAGGAAUUAGCACGUCCAAAUGUAACGCAGUCAAGGCCGGGUGAUGAUGCGGCCCAUGGCCAUAUGAGCGGCCGGGAGGAAAGCGUGCAUCUGCCUAGCACAUCUGGAGACGUAUCGCCUGGUCCGGUUGGCCGUACAGAGUCGGUAAUUAAGAUGCCAAAAGGACGUAUUAAAGAAGCAGACGGUAGAACGUAUGCAGAGUUGGAAGUCCCCACGGUAAUAGCCCCGGAAAGUUCCCACGAUCCGCGGAGAAAGUCAACCCCUGGAGGCGAUCACCGAGGAGACGAUGCUCUUUACGGGGCGCCAUGGAGUGGAACUCCGGAUACGCCUUCUGCGAUGAGUCGAAGCGGCUCACAUUUUCCCAGCGACUAUGUUAUUGCGGAGGUCGGAGAGAGAGAUAUGUUCUCCAGGGACAUAGUGCCUUACCAUUUCAAGUUUUACUCCGGCUUCCCGAAUGGCUAUGCACCUUGCCCGGCCAUUCUGGUGAACAUGGCGCUGCCACCACCGGGGUCAUUCAAGGACAGCCAUGGUCCAAUGGGCUUUGCUCAAUUUCCGAGACCUGGAUCCAUGCACUAUACACCAGAGUAUGGUCCUGCCCACGAGGGCCGGGGGCCUUUCUUCAGCCCCCACCUGCCUGGCUGUGGCAUUCGUCUGCGAGGCUACUCAGAGGAGCUAGUUCCCAGGACACAUCCGCCCCAGUCUUCUGUACCUCAGGGCAGGGAUCAUGGGCCAGAUGGGAAUCUCCACAACAGCCAUGGAUCAGAGGGCAACUCCCUGGAAAAGAACUCUUGUUCCCUGGCCUCUUCACAGAACACUGUGUGAGGACAGAGAUCAAACACUGCAUACUGUUCAUGGCAUCCUGACUGCCUUUAAAACCAAAAAUAUAUUUAUCCACUUGAGAACAAUAAUCUUGACCCUUUCUGUUGUGCAAUUACACGGCACCAAAGCCUUCAGUCUCUUCUUCUGUUUACGAUUAUACAUUCUGUAUGGCAGUUCAGUAUGCCAGGGUUUCAGUUCUCACUGUACUACAGCUGUAACACAAAAAACAAGCUGUUUCAUUUCUGGACAAAUAUAAAUAUGUGACAAUUUGGUGGACUUUGAUUUGCACUAAUGUAUAUCCCAAACUAUAUCUAAAUAGAAGUGUGAAACUAUAUUAUGUUAUUUUUUUAUGUUAAGUUCUAUUUUUAAAUAUUUAAAUAUUCAAAUACAAUCGCGUAUUUGUAUUUUCAUUAAACAAUAUGUUAAAUUACAAGUAUCACCUUGAAUUACAAGUGAUGUGGCUCAGUCUUAUCUGUUACCUCCAGGAACACAUCUGUUCUUGUGCAAUCAGUUAAUUCCUUAUUCAAGCUGUUCCAUGUUCA